CUGAGGCAGAGAAUCCCACAGACUCACCACUCUCUAUGAGAAAAAGUGUUUCCUCGUCUCCGUUCUAAAUGGCUUACUCCUUAUUCUUAAACUGUGUGGCCCCUGGUUCUGGACUCCCCCAACAUCGGGAACAUGUUUCCUGCCUCUAGCGUGUCCAAACCCUUAAUAAUCUUAUAUGUUUCAAUGAGGUGCCCUCUCAUCCUUCUAAACUCCAGAGUGUACAAGCCCAGCUGCUCCAUUCUCUUGGGUGGAGACCAAAACUGAACUGAGUGCUUGCUCCGAAUCAGUCGACGAAGAGUUAAUCAGCUGGAGCUGCCAAGCCCUGUCUAGCUGCUAAUUGGCCCUUGGUAGAUGAACGUGUUCGGAAUGACAGGUAGCAGAGUGUAUGUGUGUGUGAAAGAGCAAGUUGGCUCCGAGCUUCAGUGUGUGUGUGUGUGUGUAUACGCUGCUUAUGUGCGAGAGAGGAAGGAUUCUGUUUCAGCGAAGCCCGAACCAUUUGACAUACUCUGGCUUCUGAAAGGUCCGUCCUCGUAAACACCGGUCCCGGGAGCACGGCGACUUGCGGCCAUAAUGAAAGAAGUACCACCUUCCACGACCCAGUGACGGGGGUGGUUCCCAUUGAGAACUGCAUCUUCAAACUGGAAGACAAACCCUUGUCGAAGAUGUCGACUCGGACGGAGGUCCGUGGCGAGGGGGGCGGAGAGGGACAUCGGCCAGUCAGCAUCGCCAGUGAGGUCUCCAAUCACACUCUGGUCUCGGAGAACCAGGAGCAGCCACGAAGGACUUCUCGGCUGUCGAAGAAGAGCGCCUCCUUUGGCAAGAGGUCGAACUCCAUGAAGAGGAACCCAAAGGCGAACGUUCUGAAGCGUGGUUGGUUGUUCAAGCAGGCAAGCUCGGGCGUGAAGUCGUGGAACAAACGGUGGUUUGUGUUAGCGGACCGCUGCCUCUUCUACUACCGAGAUGAGAAAGAGGAGGCGGUCCUGGCGAGUAUCCCGCUGUUUAGCUUCCGAAUCAGCCCAGUUCAGCCCGCAGAUAACAUCGCCCGCAAGCUGGCAUUCAAGCUGACUAUAACCAGGCAGGUGGAGGGUGUUCACAGUAAUGACCAUUGCGUUCGUUACCAGGCCGAGCACACAGGUAUCAGGACCUACUACCUGAGCGCGGAGAACAAGGGCGAGAUGGAGGGCUGGAUCAACGCCAUGAACGAGGCAGCGAGCAUCCAGACCGUGCCCCUGACCAGGACGGGGGUGAGUUUUCAGCACCAGCCCCGCGCGGAGUCGAACCACACCAGUUCGAACCACAAACGACUGAUUAAACCCGACAUGGAGAAGAAGGGGGGCGAGGCGGACGGGUUUGAGAGGUACCACAGGCAGAGUGAGGGCAAGGACUCGGGCAAGGAUACGGCAGCGAGGGUUAAUGGUCUAGCCGCUCCUCAAGGCCCCUUUGAUGGCAGCAGCCCCGGCGCGGAGCGGAGAACCCACCCGGGCUACGAGAGGCCACAGCAGCAGCAGCAGCAGCAGCAGCAGCCCAAUGGCCACGGCUGGCAACAGGCCUCGCCCGGCAACGCUGUUCACCGCCGCGGCUUCGUGCCGCGCACCAACACCGAGAAACUGGCACAGCGCCUAUCCUCGCUCACUCAGCUGCAGCAGUGGGUCAACAUACGCAGGUCUGCCCUGCCCACGGAUGACCCACGGAGUUCCCAGGUGUACCACACACCAACCAGAGAGGUGCCAGAGUACUACAACCUGCUUUCACCGUAUUACCAAGAGGAGUACCCACAAUUUGUGCCGGCUGGCGGGCGGCCGGACAGCAUCUGCUCCGUGCCUUCGUACAACCGGCUGACGGCGCGGUGGUCCAUCGACGAGCGGCAGCCCCCUUACCCGCUGAGGGACUGGCAGGGCCAGCAGCCGCCCUAUAGCGGGCAGGGCUCCCCGGUGUGGCACGGCGUGCCGUCCCCUUACCCGCAGGAGGUGGACAGCGUGGGCAGCACCAUGCGGCGGCUCUCCCUCCAGCCCCGCUCGCGGUCCGUGCCGCGCUCGCCGUCCCAGGCCCCGCUGGCGGUCAACCACGUCUACUCCCCGGCUCGGUCGCCCAGCGGCCCCUUCCAGCCGGCGCGGACCCAGCCCGACGAGAAUCUCGCCGACCCCGGCUACACGCUGCGCCGCUCCCGCAGCGCCAAGUACGAGUACACGGGAGAAAGAAGACCUGCGGCCACACACCCCUACCACUUCUCCAUCUCCCGAUCCGUACAAGACAGAAUGGAUGAAAUUCUAGACCUGCAAUUGCAGAGGAAGCUAGAGUUUUUGGAUCAACAGGUUCCAUAUCAGGACAGGUACCAGGACGGCCUGCACCAUUACAAGGUCGAUGAGCUGGAGAUUGAUAAGUUGCUGGGUCGAUUUUGCGAGCAGACCAAGAACCAGCGAGAACAGGAGAAAUGGGUCCUCCAACUCCGCAAGGAGAAGGAAUCUCUGGAAAGUGCCUUGGAAACCACCCACCGGGAGAUGGCGAUGUACCGCAACCAACCCGGCUACACCGAGCAACUGGUGCAGAAGAAGGAGUCGCUACAGAACCAGCUGGUCAACAUCCGCGGGGAGCUCUCGCAAGCCACCACGGCCUUUGCAAACACAAAAAUGGAGUGCGAUGCCCUCAAGAUGGAGUUGUCCAUCAUUCACAAUGACUUGUGGGAGCAACUGAACAAUCCCGCGGGAAUGCAGGCGGAGCUGGGGUACAAGAACAUCCAGAAGGAACUGUGGAGGAUCCAGGAUGUGAUGGAGGGCCUGAGGAAGACCUAUCCGGAACGGGUUACGGCCGACACUCUCAAACAGAAUGUGCCGAAUGCCCAGGUGGGCACUUCCAGUCCCAACAGCCCCGCCAGCCCCCUGAGUUCUAACAGCGUCACCAGCCCCUUGAGCCCCUUCUCGCCCGACUCCGAAUUGCAAAUGGCCGCCCAGCAACCAGUCAAUGAGGAGAUGCGGCCGCCUCGACCACCCCUGCCGCAGUCCUACCUCCAGCAAGGCCCGCUGCCCGCUGUCCCUCCUCUGCCCACUGACAGCAGCCUCUGGGCCCACUCUGUCGACGACUCCUGGGAUCAGGCGGACAGAGGGAUGACCACCGCCGCGGACACGAGGAGGAGUGACAGAGCCAGUGCAAAGCCGGGAUUUGACGUUUCCAGGAAGGAAAACCGGCCGGUGUUGCAAUCGGAAGGCAGCUCCGGACAGAGCAAGCCGGACACUGAGGUGGAGAAGCAGAACAAAGUAGGUGUGGUGCCACCGAGAACCAAGUCCCCGCCUGAGGAAUCGUCUCCCUCUCCGUCCAGCCAGGCAGUCCGGACCGGCGAUAAAACCAACGGCGAGCUGCUGGCACGGGAGUGGGCGAGGGUCAACCUGCCCUCCGGCGAGGCCAAGUCCAAGAUGAGCGUGGAGGAGCAGGCGGAGCGCAUGAAGCGCCACCAGAACGGCUCGCUACGGGGACACCACAAACGCCGCAGCCUCACCCUGACCUCCGGCCAGCUCCUCAACAUGGACGGCAGCAGUCCCAAGCCCAUCGGCCGCAGAGUGACGGUUCCGCGCCGCAAGACCACGGAGAUCGACAUCUCGCAGCUGGAGGCCGCGGUCAGGGGCGACUUCACGGGUAACUAUCACGAGACGCCCAGGGACGAGAUCGCACGGCUCCGGAGGAUGGACAUGGAGCCAGAGCACUAUUCACUGGACAUCACCAAGGAGUUGACCACACCAGACAAAGUCUUCAUUCCCGAACGUUACAUUGAGUUUGAGCCGGAGAUUCCACUGAGCCCUGAGGAGAUGAAGGAGAAGCAGAAGAAAGUGGAGAGGAUCAAAACGCUCAUCGCAAAAUCCAGUUUGCAGAACAUUCUGCCCUUGAUGGAGGGUCUGAGCGACACCAACAUGGACCCCGAGCUUCAGCUCCAUGAGCAGGAGAAGAGGAUUGAGAUCUCCUGUGCCCUCGCCACCGAGGCAUCGAGACGGAGCCGACUCAUUUCAGUUCCAGUAUUGGAUGCAUCCAGUCCAUCAACACCUCCAUCUUCACCCCUCCCAUCAACACCACCACCGGUCACUGUCGGAAGCCAUUUAAUGUGUGUCUGAAGAACUCAAGCUCUCGCUGCCAUCAAGUGUCACGGGUCAACGUACUGAAGGCAGGCCCUGUGGGUAACGACGCUACAGUCGGGCGGGAGUUGACGGGACGGCGAGUCUGAUGGUGGAGUGGCCGAGAGAGAGCCGGGAGUGACCUGGCCCGAGUGGCUCCUCUACAGCACCUCCAGAAAUGCAGUAUCCAUCGAAGAGACUCUUAUUUCAUUUCUUCGAGCGAUACGUUUUGCCUUUAACUUGACUGACUGAGUUCCCAUGAGGAAGGAAAGUCGGCACAGGACUUUGUUUUGUGUUUUACUAAAGAGGGCCGUUUGCGCAGCGGUAGGUAGUGCUGCUGCCUCUCAGCGCCAGAGACCCAGGUCCGAUCCUGUCUGUACGUUCUCCCCGUGACCUGCGUGGGAUUUCCCCAGGGGCUCCAUUUUCCUCCCCCUUUAAGGGCUAAUUGGCUUCAGUAAAUUGUCCCCAGUGUGUGUGCGUGUGUGUGGGUGUGGGUUUGGGUGUAGGAUAGAACUGGUGCUCGGGGUGAUCGCUUUGUCAGCAUGGACUCAGUGGGCUGAAGGGCCUGUGUCCGCACUGUAUCUCUAUAAAGUGUAAGGUCUAAAGAGUUGGGCCGGGCGUACUCGAUGCAGCGAGCUCGGCAGACCCAACAACCCCGACGUUGACCAAGCCAGGCGUUGGCAAGACAAGUCAGCGGACAUGGGGUGUAAUUUGGGCAGUCACGGUGGCGCAGCGGUAGAGUUGCUGCCUUACAGCGAAUGCAGCGGCGGAGACCCGGGUUCGAUCCUGACUCGUGCCCGCGCUGUAGCUCCAAACUAAACGUGGUUGCCGUGCGUUGGUGACAUCCUAUCUCCAGGGUCUGAUCCAAAGCUUGUGGUUCUCCGCGGCAAAGGCCAAGAUCCCAUCCCUGGCUCUGGAAGAGAUGGGAACAGAGACCACGUUUGGUUCACUCUGAUGAUGAUCAGUCUGCCACCAAGUGUCACGGGUCACCCAGCGGGCUUUACAGUGGCAACGUUUGCCAGCUCCAGUUUGACCUCUUCAAUUCAAACGGGUAGAGUUGCUGCCUCACAGCGCCAGGGACCCGGGUUCGAUCCUGGCGUGUCUGCACGGAGUUUGCACAAUCUCCCCGUGACCCGCGUGGCUUUUCCCCGGGCGCUCCGGUUUCCUCCCACACUCCAAACACGUGCAGGUUUGUCAGUUACUUGGCUUGGUACAAGUGUACAUUGUCCCUAGUGUGUGUAGGAUCGUGUUAGUGUGCGGGGAUCGCUGGUCGGGGCGGCCUCUGUGUUUCUGCGCUGUACCUCUAAGCUAAAGUAAAAGCACCUUACGUUUAACAGAGAAACAAUGUGUUUAAGAAGGAACUGCAUAUGCUGGAAAAUCGAAGGUACGCAAAGAAGCUGGAGAAACUCAGCGGGUGCAGCAGCAUCUAUGGAGCGAAGGAAAUAGGCAACGUUUCAGUCUGAAGAAGGGUUUCGGCCCAAAACGUUGCCUAUUUCCUUCGCUCCAUAGAUGCUGCUGCACCUGCUGAGUUUCUCCAGCUUUUUUAUGUACCUAACAGAGAAACAAGUCCUCCAACAUAAACAGAAGUCCCUUCCCAGACUCUCCUCUCCUUCACUCUCAGACCAGUUGGCGUCACGGCCAUUACACUCCGACCAGUAACGAGAACUGGGUCCAAAUAAUCGGGGGUGGGGAAAAUCUCCCUCGGCUCUGCUUCGAUGUCCAACAUUUUCGGCAAAACCAGCUUCUUGGGAGAGAGCCGAAUGCGGACUUGCUAAUGCUGUAACCAGCUAAUCCGUGUACCUAGCUAGCCAUGCGGCCAAGUGCAUCACUUCAUCAGUUGCUGCACAUCUGCGCUCCGCCCCGCAUUCCCAUUGCCAUCGCAACUUAGGACCACAGUUGCAUUGUCCCUCACUGCCGUCACAUGCAGAGCCCCGGCUAUUGGUGAGUAAAAGUCAUUGGAAACCCCUUGGGAGUGAGUCAUGCAUCACCGCUCGAUGCCGGCAGGAGACAGCGGCGUUUCUGCCCUGUACAUAUGUGUUUUAUUUUUGUUAUAUCUCUGUAUAAAGAUGCACAGUUUACGACAGAAUCUCAAGGGGCUGAGCUCCUCGGUCUCGUCGUGAUGUGCAUUCCCAGUCUUGGUGGGUUUUUGAAGUUCCACUGUGUGUAGAUAUGAGAUCCAUCGUGCUAUUGGGAGCCUUCUCUCGCCCGCCGCCCAUUGUCCUGUAACAUGGUCUUGAUCAGAACAUAUUUCUCGGUCUCUUAUAAGGCACUUAUCUGUUUAACUUCUGCCUGAGGGGCAGCAGUCUCACCAUCAGGGGGCUUGUACACGCUAGAAUUUAGAAGAUUGAGGGGGGAUCUUAUAGAAACUUACAAAAUGCUUAAAGGGUUGGACAGGCUAGAUGCAGGAAGAUUGUUCCCGCUGUUGGGGAAGUCCAGAACUAGGGAUAGUACCCGUGAGAGGGAAUGGACAGGCGAUGUUUCGGGUCGGGACCAUUGAGUCUUAACCCUCCCCACCCCCCCCCCCCACCACUCACCCCUCACCCCCUGCCCCCAUCCCUCACCCC